GAACGCUCUUUUAUAUCUUUCUUGGUGCGGGAUGUUUUUCCAAUUAACUAUUUAAUCUUCACAAGCCCAUUCGUAUUCUUAUUUAGUAGAUAAGGAGCUAGACACUCAUUUGGAGGGGAGAAGAGGCGGACCAGAGUUCAGAAAGCUCAUUUGAUGCUCUUAACCCUGGAGGCUGUAGCUAGGAGUUCACCUCCCUGGAGAAUAGCUUUCGGAAUCCUGUUUGAAAUUGCCGCUCACGGCCAGUUGGCUUUCAGCCUAGGAACAGGAAGGAGGAUUUUGGAGAAUCCCCUGAGGGGGAAAUGUUUAAAAGUGCAAAGUGAAUAAUAGUAGGAACCUCUCUCUCGUUCACUAGGGGUACAUUUGCUGUUCGCUUUCAAACAGCCCCUCAAAUACAAGCAUCUGGGAAAAGGACUAGAACUCUGAUUAGGGCCGCCCCCACGUCCUCUCGGGAACAAGGGCGGAGCGCUGGCUAGAGUGGCUGAGGGCGGCCCGCCGCGGACGCUGUGUACAGGAAGCCGGCGCUUUGUCUUCCGUCCCACCGCAGAGAACACGAGGCAGCGGCGCGUCCCAUCUGGUCACAGGUUGCACAGGCCGGGCGCCAGCCAAGAGCCCUCUCUUCAAGCAGGAUUAAAGGGGAACCAAGUGGCUGGCAGAGGGGCCUCAGUAGCUCCUGGGCGAGGCCUGAGCCCGUGGGUCUCCACACUAAAAUCCGGCAAACCCCUGGCGCGUCCGCAAAGGUUUUGGAGCCGGGUUACGCCUUCGCUGGCUAGGCGCUGUGUCCACGGGAGGCGCCAUCCUCUUUGUAACUUCAGCAGGCCCUGGCGGGCCGGUUGUUAUGGCAACGCUCCUCGCCGGCUCGGAGCGGAUCCGGGGUAGAGGAGAGGAGAGCUUUGGGUCAGGGACCGCCGCCGCCGCCGUCGGGGAUUCGGCCCGCCAGUUCGCCAGCCAGCCAGCGCUUCGCGUGCCCUGCCAGUCACGAGAGGACAUGUACUCCCAGGAUUCCAUAGAUCUUCUUGCUAACUCAGGACUGCAGUUUCAGAAGCAUGAAGAGGAAGGGAUUGACACGCUGCACUUUGCAGAGCUGCUUAUGACAUCGGGAGUGGUUCUCUGUGACAAUGUCAAAUGGCUUUCAUUUCAUAGUGGCUAUGAUUUUGGCUAUAUGGUAAAGUUGCUUACAGAUUCUCGUUUGCCAGAAGAGGAACAUGAAUUCUUUCAUAUUCUGAAUCUUUUCUUCCCGUCCAUUUAUGAUGUGAAAUACUUAAUGAAGAGUUGCAAAAAUCUUAAGGGAGGUCUUCAGGAAGUUGCUGAUCAGUUGGAUUUGCAGAGGAUUGGAAGGCAGCACCAGGCAGGCUCAGACUCACUGCUGACAGGAAUGGCUUUCUUUAGGAUGAAAGAGUUGUUUUUUGAGGACAGCAUUGAUGAUGCCAAAUACUGUGGGCGGCUCUAUGGCUUAGGCACAGGAGUGGCCCAGAAGCAGAAUGAGGACGUGGACUCUGCACAGGAGAAGAUGAGCAUCCUGGCGAUCAUCAACAACAUGCAGCAGUGAUGGCGCCAGGCUCUGCAGGGCGGGCCUCAACCCAGAUUGGUGCUUACUGUGCUGACUGUGUACUUACCUUCCCCAAGAGAAAAUGCUUCUUUUGAGCAAACUAUACCUACCAUCUGCACUGAGCAGAAAGACUUGUUUUACUGAAGACAAAAGAUGUCUUUAUUUUAGAUCCAGAAGAGAGGAGUUUGCUCUGAAUUUGUAAACAAGUCUUCCCUGUUCCUCAUCCCCAAGUCUCUCCUCUUCGCUUGCCUCUUGCCACCAGCAUCCAUGGCUCAUUUGAUACCUUUUUAAAUAUCCAGGACAAGUCUGAAACAAACUAGUAAAAUGUAUAUAACUCUUACCUGUUGUCAUUCUUUUUUAAAAAAAUUCGUUGCUACUCUGGUAAUGAAGAUUCUUGUUCUGAUUCUCAGCUGAGCUGAGGGCUUCCAGGGAAAAUGGAACAAAAUGGUGUUCACAGAUACCGUCUUCCUUUCCUUUUCUGACCCGUCUCGAAGACAUUUGCUUUCCUCACACUUUCAUAGUCUUUCUUUACUUGUUACUAUAUGGAAAUGAAUUGCUCAAUGCUGAAAUUUGAAGACCAGAUAAUGAAACAUAAAAGCAAACAAUUUACUGAAUCUGUCUACCCUUCAUUCAUGAGAACUCCAGAAUGAUUGUUGACCACUGAAGCAUCUUUAAGUCUAUGUGUUCCUUUGUGCCACUGAGGUUUGCUGUCACAUAUGCAUCAUCUGAAAUCAUUUGAAAUUUUUGUAUAAUAUCCUGGAUUUGAUCCUGAAGGAAACUAGUAAGAUCAGAUUUUUGGGUCAUGUCUAUUGUACUUUCAGUAAUGUGAUUUCAGCUGGUCAUCUGGAUUCUCCCACUUCUCCAUUUUCGUCUCCCACUUCUCUAUUUUCCCUGCUUUUCCUUCCAGCAAACCUGAAACGUAAAGGAGAUGGAUUAAUGUGAGUACCAGGAAUAUGUCUUUAAAAAGCUAGAAUAGUUACAUGUAAACAGGCAGUAAGAUAAUUUGGGUUCUCGAGUUGUUUUGGAGUAAUAUCCCACAACUGGGGUAGGAAGCUCAGGAUUUUUUUUUUUUUUUUUUUUUUUUAAAGCUAGUCAUUUAAAAAGUAUACUGUAUUUUUUUGAAUGACUACAGUAUGGACAAUUUCAAAAAACCAAAACCCCUUUUGGAUUGGUAGAAAUAAAAACUGGUAACUUGCUGAAGUGAAUGAAUGGUUUUGCAUUUUAAAAGCUUAUGGAAAACUCAAUUUGAAAUGAUUCAAAAAUGUCAAGUAUAAGCUGGUAUUUAAGAUGAUUGUAAAUAUUAUUUAUGUUUUUAAUUUUGUAAAAUAAAGAUUUCUUUUUAACCACUGGCA